AUGGAGGCUCGAGCUCUCCACUGCCACAUGCUAAGGGCGGCGGCGGAUACGUACUCUGCCAACUGCGUCGCCGACGCCUACCGGAAGGCGGGUUUCCUGGAAGUUGCACUCGGCCUGCUCGACGAAAUUCCCCACCCAAACGCCAUCUCCUGGAACCUGAAGAUCUCCAUCCACAACCAGCGUCGCCACCUCGUUGACUCUUUGCGGAGUCUACACCUGAUGCGGGCGGGGGGUUGCCGGCCCACCGAGGUGACUUACGGGAGCAUCCUCUCCGCCUGCGCCAUGGCCGGUGAGCUCUGCUUCGGCAGGCAGCUCCAGGCGCUGGUGGUGAAGAACGGCUUUUCUUCCAAUGGGUACGUUGCGGCGGGGCUAGUGGACCUGUUCGCGAAGAAUCGGCGCCUCGGGGAGAUGGCGGCGCUGUUCUCGGAGAAUCCCACCACCAACGUCGUCGUCUGGAACGCCGCCAUCGCCGGCGCGGUGAGGAACGGGGAGCACCGGCUGGCGCUGGGGAUGUUCCUCCAAAUGGCCGGGGGGAUCUCCUCGCCGAACGAGUUCACCUUCUCGACGGUGCUCACCGCUUGCGCCGGCGCCGGCGAGCUGCCGGUGGGGAGGGCGGUCCACGGGCUGGUAGUCAAGAGCGGCGCCGGCGGCGACGUUGUCGUCGGCAGCGCUCUGGUGGAUCUGUAUGCCAAGUGCGGGGACACCGGCGGCGCCGCCUCCCAGUUCUCGGAGAUGACGGCCCACAAUGUUGUCUCUUGGACGACCUUGAUCUCCGCCUUCAGCCUCCAAGAUCCCCGGAGGGCCUUCUCUCUCUUCGGAGCCAUGAGGGCGACGGCCGCCGCCGGCGAGAUGAACAGGUACACGCUCACCAGCGUGCUAGCCGCCUGCGGGAGUCCGGACAUGACGGCGGAGGCCGCCCAGUUGCACGGCUGCAUCUGCAAGUCCGGCUUCUCCGGCGAUCCGGUGGUGAGAGCCGCCAUGGUCAACGCCUACGCCAAGGCCGGGAAGCUCCCGUUCUCGGAGGAGCUCUUCGAGGAGGAGGAGGUAGAUGACGAUGAAGCAAGGGGAAGAGAUGUGGGCUCCUCGGCGGCGAUGAUCUCCGCCUUCGCCAUGAAUCCGGCCAAGUCCUUUCAAGCUUUCCGUCGGAUGCUCCGGGAUGGGUUGAAGCCUGAUGAGAUCUGCUGUUGCAGCGUACUACGGGCGACGAGCUCCAUGGCCUGGGGGAAGCAGGUGCACUCUCUGGUCGUCAAGUCUGGUCUGGUCGUUUUCCUCCCGGUGGCCGGCGCCCUGCUCACCAUGUACUCCAAGUGCGGCAGCCUCUGCGACAGCAAGGAGUUCUUCAGGGAGAUGCCGGAGAAGGACGGGAUCGCGUGGACUUCAAUGAUCGCCGGCCUCGCCGAGCACGGCCGCGCCGACGAAGCCCUUGACCUGUUCAGGGAGAUGAUGGUGAUGAUGUCUGAAACUACAACUGCAACUGCGGUGGCGGAGCUGGAUGAGACGACGCUGUCGUACGCCGUCACGGCCUGCGCGGAGCUUAGGAAUCUGGUCGGAGGGAAGGAGGCCCACGGGAGGGCCAUUCGUUUAGGGUUUGGAGAGGACGCCGCCGUCGUCGCCGCCCUGAUCUCGAUGUACUCCAAGUGCGGAGCUCUUUCCGCCGCCGCCGGAGUUUUCCGCACGGCGGACCACAAGAACCAGAACCAGCUCGCCUGGUCGGCGAUGGUCGCCGGGUAUGCUCGCAACGGCGCCGCCGGCGAGGCCCUAUCAACCUUCAUCGGGAUGCUGGCAGCGGGGCUGGGGGCCGACCACUUCGCCUGCUCCGCGGCCGCCGCCGCCGCCGGCGAGCUCUGCAAGCCGGCGGCCGGGAAGCAGCUCCACGCCCUCGCCACGAAGACGGGGACCAUCUCCGACCUCUCAGUCGGUAGCGCCGUCGUCGCCAUGUACGCCGCCUGCGGGAGCAUCCAGGAUUCUCGGAGAGCCUUUGACCAGGUGACGGAGCCCGAUGUGGUGGCGUGUACGGCGAUGAUCGACGGCUACUCGAAGAACGGGAGAGCGGAGGAGGCGCUGAGGAUCUUCGACCAGAUGAGGAGGAAGGGGACAACUCCCGACUCGUUGACCUUUGUGACCUUGCUAUCCGCUUGCAGCCACUGCGGGAUGAUGGAGGAAGGCCUGCGGCUGUUCAGAUCCAUGGAGGAGGAUCACGGGGUCAAACCAGAGGCGGCUCACUACGCCUGCGUGGUUGACCUUCUCGGCCGAGCGGGGAAGGUGAAGGAGGCGGCGGCGUUCAUUGAGGACAUGGCGGCGGAGCCCACGGCGGCGGUGUGGGGUGCCCUGCUCUGGGCCUGCAGAGCCAAUGGGGAGAUCGAACUGGGGCGGCUGGCGGCGGAGAAGAUCCUCGAGCUGGAGCCCGGAGAUUCAGGAGCUUACGUCUCUCUGUCGAACUUGUCGGCGGAUGUGGGGGACUGGAAGGCGGCGCUGGAUGUCAGAGGCUCGAUGAGGCUCGCCGGAGUGAAGAAGGAAGCCGGGUGGAGUUUCGUGGGGUAG